GAAACACUUCCAAAGGUAUUAAUCCCAAGCCCAUACACAUGCAAAUACAGAAGGGUAUUCUUGCUGGCUUGAUUGGUAAGGUGGGAAGUGGUAAGAGUUCUUUGCUAUAUGGAAUUUUAGAAGAACUAAAGCUAACUCAAGGUUCAUUAUUUGUGGAAGGAAAUAUAGCUUAUUCCCCACAACAGCCUUGGAUAUUAAAUGAUACAAUGCGAAAUAAUAUUGUCUUUGGCAGCAUAUUUGAUAAUAAACGCUAUGAUAAUGUAGUGGCGGCUUGUGCACUUAAUCAUGACAUUUCAAUGCUACCUAAUGGGAGUGACACUGAAAUUGGGGAAAGAGGGGUAAAUUUAAGUGGCGGACAAAAGGCUAGAGUAUCCCUUGCUCGUGCAUGCUAUAGUACUGCUCCUAUUAUUCUUUUGGAUGAUCCUUUAUCUGCUGUUGAUGCUUCAACAGCUAAAUACAUCGUUGAUUAUGUACUAAAUGGCAUUUUAAAGGGAAGAACAGUAAUUAUGGCAACACAUUCUAUUAUAAGCUUACAAGCUUGUGAUGAAAUUUAUUUAUUAGAUACCAACAAUGGUAUUAAGCGCAUCUUAUCAAGUUCUAAAGAUAUAAAAAAUGAGAUGGAGUUGGUAUUGGCUAAAACAGAAUCAAAUGCUAGUCAAUAUAGUAAGUUGGACAAUUCAAAAGGAGACAUAGUGAAACAAGAGACGAUGGAGAUUGGAAAUAUUAAGCUCUCUCAUUAUUUAGAAUAUCUACACAUAGCUGGUUGGUCUACAACUGCUAAUGCUUUGUUUAAUAGUCAGAUUUUCCCAUUAGAAAAAAUAGGAAUUGUGGGAAGAACUGGUGCCGGAAAGUCAAGCUUGGCUGCAGCUAUGUUCAGAAUGGUUGAGAACAUGGCUUGUAGUGGAACAAUACUUGUGGAUGAUAUUGACAUCAAGACCAUUGGACUGGAUGAUUUGAGACAAAGAUUGUCAAUAAUCCCACAGGAUCCUGUUCUUUUUUCUGGCACAUUAAGAUUUAACAUGGAUCCAUUUGGAAAGAACGAUGAUAGAGAAAUUCAUGAAGCACUGACAAGAGCGCAUUUCUCCAGCACACAGUCGUAUAAGAACUUUGACAACGGCUUAGAUGGUCAGAUUACAAGUUCUGGAACAAACUUUAGCGUUGGAGAAAGGCAGCUUCUUUGCCUUGCAAGAAGUUUGCUAAGAAAGUCCAAAAUCCUUAUUAUGGACGAAGCAACUGCAGCAGUAGACAAUGACACAGACCAAAUCAUUCAAGCAACUAUUCGAGCCUCUUUCCAGGAUUGCACCGUUCUAACAGUUGCCCAUCGCAUCCAAACAAUUAUUGACAAUGAUCGUGUCUUAGUGAUGGAAGCUGGACGCAUUGCAGAGUUUGAUACCCCCAAGAACCUCCUCAAACUAACAGCUCAACCUCAUCGAAAGCACGAACACAUGCUGGACGUGAGGUUUGAUGCAAUGGACGUAAUUUUGAAGUACCGUGGAGCCGAGCUCGCAGUCCAGCCAUUUUCAUUCCCCACCUUUGUGCUUGCGGAGACUGUUUUGGUGAAACGGGGGAUCAUGGUGAACGAGACGAGCCUUUCCCUGGAUAAGUUGAAGCUGUUUAAAGCGGAUGUUGAAUCGGGCAAAGUCCCACUCUCGGCAGCAAUCCUGUCAGUGCCCAGUGGAUUGAAGACAGUUCAUCCAGUAGCUCGGAUUACUUGCAGGCUGAUCUUACCUGUGACUUGGGCAUGA